CUCCACUCAGCGUCGGGUGGUGGAGAACACGAGCCGUGCGCUCUGGGAAAACGGAAUUCGAGAAGAAAAGAAAAGAAAAGAAAAGAAAAGAUAGGAAAGGAAAAAAAGGAAAAAGAAUGCGUUUGUCCGCAGUUCUCAGGUAGCCGUUUUCUUUACUUUCUCUCCACCAUGCUCAGAUGCCAUUUGCUUUUCUUCCUCUCCUUUUCUCUCACGGUUUUGUUUUCUCUCUUUAUAUGCAUUUCCGCUGUUCCCGAAGAGAUAGAAACUGAAAGGAAAAGGAGUGAUCAUCACUGAACGCAUAGAGAGAGAGAGAGAGAGAGAGAGAGAGAGAGAGAGAGAGAGAGAUAUUCGAAGUUCGGAUUGAUGGGUUCGUCCUCGGGACAGAGCAGCAGCUACGAUCUCUCAUUCAAGAUCUUGUUGAUCGGCGACUCUGGAGUCGGCAAAAGCAGUCUUCUCGUCAGCUUCAUCUCUAGCUCUGUCGAAGAUCUUUCUCCCACCAUUGGUGUGGAUUUUAAGAUCAAACUGCUCACAGUUGGUGGAAAGAAAUUGAAGCUUACAAUUUGGGACACUGCUGGACAAGAAAGGUUCAGAACAUUAACAAGCUCUUACUAUAGAGGUGCCCAAGGGAUUUUUCUUGUGUAUGAUGUGACUCGAAGAGAAACCUAUACAAACCUUUCGGAUGUAUGGGCUAAAGAAGUAGACCUUUACUCCACAAAUCAGAACUGUGUCAAGAUGCUUGUUGGAAAUAAAGUUGAUAGAGAGUCUGAAAGGGUUGUAAGUAGAGAGGAGGGGAUCGCUCUGGCAAAAGAACUUGGAUGUUUAUUUCUUGAAUGUAGUGCUAAAACUCGAGAAAAUGUGGAGCAAUGUUUUGAAGAGCUUGCACUAAAGAUAAUGGAGGUUCCUAGUCUUUUGGAAGAAGGAUCUGCAGCAGUUAAGAGAAAUAUUCUGAAACAGAAACAGGAUUACCAGCCACCUUUGAGCGGGGGGUGUUGCUCUUAAAAUUCUUAACUAGGGAGGGCCUCCAUAUGAAUGCAGGAUUUAUGUAUGAUAUGAAGGCAUCAAGCAGCACUUCUAGUGGCACACAAACGCUGAGCGUAUUGUUUUUAACACUGUAAUUGAGUUAUGUAUAUGUGACUCCUUUGAUUGAUGCUACAACAACACAUUAGCUUGUGUAAAUGUGUUUGCCUCGUAACUUUGUUCUUUGUUUUAUCUUUUGUUAAUCUUCGCCCAGAAUGUUUUCAAAACAAAAAUUGCUUGUAUUUGAUUUGAUUUGUUUUGAUUUGAAUUUAUCAAUUCAUGCUGUGGAUAGUUCUUCA